UUGCUGGCAGCUGAGACGGCGCAGCAUCACACUCUCACAGGCGGGCUGCUGGCUCGGUCGCGGGGCUGCAGGACUUGUUUAGCGGCAAGGAGGCUCCCCCCCCAGGCGGACGUCAUGCACAUGUUGUGGAUAUGGACGCUGAUGGCGGCUCGGGUGCAGGUGCUGGUCCUGGGCCAGGACAAUCAGGGCGGGCCGCCAUGCGUGAGGGGCUUCUCGCGGGAGGAAUACGUCAUGGAGACGCAGCGAGAGCUGGCAGAGGGACAGGCCGUCGUCAACGUGAGCUUCCGGGACUGCGGCCAGAAGGUGUGGUUGGACGGCGACGACAAGUCCGGUCUCCACCCCAGCCAGGGGGGCGUGGUCUACACGCUGCGUCACGUGGAGGCGGGGGAGACUCUUGCGGCCAUCUACGCCCGAGACCUGCAGACCAAGCAGACCUGGAAGGCCCGGGUGCGCCUUGUGGUCCAUGCAGACCUGAAGGGACCUGGACAGGUGAAGCCCGGUGAUGCAACACUGACUCAGCGGGCACCAGAGAUCUUGUUUCCAUGGCGCAGCGUGGUUGUCGGGGGCAACGGCGGGCUGAGGCGAGUGAAGAGGGACUGGGUCAUUCCGCCCAUCAACGUCCCCGAAAACUCGCGCGGACAGUUCCCCGAGGACCUUGUCAGAAUCCGUUCGGACCGGGACAAGAACUGGAUGCUGCGUUACAGCGUGACGGGGCCCGGCGCCGACCAGCCACCGACCGGCAUCUUCAUCAUCAACCCCAUCUCCGGUCAGCUGUCUGUCACCAAGCCUCUGGACAGGGAGCACAUCCCCAACUUCCACUUGCGCGCCCACGCCGUGGACCUGAACGGCAACCAGGUGGAGACCCCCGUGGAAAUCCACAUCAACGUCAUCGACCAGAACGACAACAGGCCCGAGUUCACGCACACCAUCUUCAACGGCUCGGUGCCCGAGGGAUCCAAGCCAGGGACCUUCGUGAUGACGGUGACGGCCGUGGACAAGGACGACCCCAAGACGGCCAACGGGAUGCUGCGAUACAAGAUCCUGUCCCAGAGUCCCCAGAGUCCGUCGUCCAACAUGUUCACCAUUAACAACAAGACUGGUGACAUCAUCACUGUGGCGGCAGGCCUGGACCGGGAGAAAGUGUCCCAGUACACGCUGAUCAUCCAGGCCACCGACAUGGAGGGCAACCCCACCUACGGCCUUUCCAACACCGCCACCACCCUCAUCAGGAUCACCGACGUCAACGACAACGCCCCCGAGUUCACCACCGACACGUUCUUCGGCGAGGUCCACGAGAACCUGGUGAACGUGAUCGUGACCAACCUGACGGUGACGGACAAGGACCAGCCGCACUCCUCGGCCUGGAACGCCGUCUACCGCAUCGUGAACGGAGACCCCAGCGGGCGCUUCUCCAUCCCGACAGACCCCACCACCAACGAGGGCCUGCUCACCGUGGUCAAGCCCAUCGACUUUGAGGUGACGCGCUCCUUCGUGCUGAUGGUGGAGGCGGAGAACGAGGCCCCGCUGGCACGCGGCAUCCAUCAACCACGCCAGUCCACGGCCACCGUCUCCAUCCGCAUCCUGGACCUCAACGAGAGCCCGGAGUUCAGCCCCAACCCCAAACCCAUCAAGCUGGACGAGGGCCUGCCCGCCGGAUCCCUGCUGACCAGCUUCAUGGCGCAGGACCCCGACCGCUUCAUGAGACAGACCAUCCGGUACUCCAAACUGUACGACCCCGCCAACUGGUUGGAGAUUGACUCGGUCAACGGUCGGAUCUCCACCAUCGCCGUCCUGGACCGCGAGUCCCCGUACGUCAAGAACAACCUCUACAACGUCACCUUCAUGGCCUCCGACAACGGUGUGCCGCCGGCCAGCGGGACGGGCACCCUGCAGAUGUACCUGCUGGACAUCAACGACAACGCGCCGCACGUCUUCCCGCCAGAGGUGGAGAUGUGCGAGAAGCCCGACCCGAGCGGCGUCAACAUCACCGCCACCGACCCCGACCUGAGCCCCAACGCCGGGCCCUUCGCCUUCGAGCUGCCCAGCCGCCCCUCCGACGUGCGGCGCAACUGGACGCUGGCUCGCCUCAGCGGCGAGCGGGCCCAGCUGCGCCUGCGCACCGGCUCCCUCGCCAACGGCAUCUACGAGGUCCCCAUCACCAUCACCGACUCUGGCAACCUGCCCAUGUCCAACACGUCCUACCUGCGCAUCAAGGUGUGCCAGUGCGAUCACCACGGCGACUGCGUGGACAUGCAGCGCAUCAUGGCCGCCGGCCUGGGAAUGGGCGCCAUCAUCGGCAUCCUUAUCUGUAUCAUCAUACUGCUAGUGCUGGUGCUGCUGUUUGGCGUGUGGGUGAAGAGGCGGGACAAGGAGCGUCAGGCCAAACAGCUCCUCAUCGACCCCGAGGACGACGUGAGGGACAACAUCCUCAAGUACGACGAGGAAGGCGGCGGGGAGGAAGACCAGGACUACGACCUGAGCCAGCUGCAGCAACCGGACUCUCUGGAGCCCGAGUGCGUGAAGGUGGGCAUCAGACGGCUGGACGAGAGGCCCCUCCACCACGACCACCAGUACCCCCUGCGCUCUGCGGCCCCCCACCCCGGAGACAUCGGGGACUUCAUCCACGAGGGCCUGAAGGCGGCAGACAACGACCCUACGGCGCCGCCCUACGACUCCCUGCUGGUGUUCGACUACGAGGGCAGCGGCUCCACGGCCGGCUCGCUCAGCAGCCUGCACUCGUCCUCCAGCUGCGGCGACCAGGACUACGACUACCUCGGCGACUGGGGGCCGCGCUUCCGUAAGCUGGCCGACCUGUACGGCGGUGGCGACGACUAGCGCGGCGGCCGGCGUUUUCAGCGGCGGGGUGAUUUUUUUUUUGUUUGUUUUUUUAUUUCUUUGGGGUGAAGACAGCAGCACUUGUUCUGUUUCAGCGCCAGAAACGGCUUCUAAAGACUCGCCGAGCGUCCGGGAGCUAUCAUGGCGGCGAGGGCGAGCUUAGCGGCGUGACGGAGGACGCUCACUUACACUUGAAUCUCACAGGACACCAACACUGAGGUCAAAUGUGCCUUUAUGUACAUUCUUAUGUACAUUGUUGGCUCCUCUUUCUCUCUUGCUUUCACACGCCCAGGGCCAUCAUAGCGUGUACGUGUGUGUGUGUGUGUGUGUGUGUGUGUGUGUGUGUGUGUGUGUGUGUGUGUGUGUGUGUGUGUGUGUGUGUGUGUGUGUUCCCACACUGUGUGGACUCUGCAAAAGGUGAGGGGAAAAAAUGAUGUUUUCCAAGUUUAAAGUAGAAUAUUAAAAACAAUCCAUGCAAUGUUUAGAACUUUUUCCCGCCAAAAGUCAAAAGUAUGCUGGUGUUUGAUAUUUAAUUAUGGAAAAAAAUAAGAUGCGGAAAACAGACGGAUGGCAUACAUUUAAAGACAAAAUUAUUGUAUUAUUGUCGUGUAUUAUUUUGUUAGACCGAUGCAUAAAAGAAGAAAUAUUCCAGGUGUGUUGUCAUUAGUUACUGCAGGGGGGGUCCAAAGUGCAGCCAGGGGGCUGCUAGCGGACCAAAGCUGGAGUUUGUUUUGGCCCAUGACAUAAAAAAUGUAAGAAAAUGAGCCAAAAAGACAUAAUGUGAUGAGAAAAAGCUGAAAUUUAACUACUAAAAAUACAAUCAAGUCAAGACUAUCCAAAAGUCCACCAAAUAGACUGCCUAGACUUCCAGAUUUGAUGUCAAAUUUUCAGCUUUUUUUGUCGUUACUUUGAAACUUUUUGCUGGUUUUUUGUAACAUUCUUACGGUUUGAUUUGGACAAUAUUUUGCGAGCCAACAAAACUGGAGCUGCGUGCCAAAAAUGGCCCCCGUGCCGCACUUAAGACACCACUGCCAUGAGUACUAAAAGUCAUUGUAGGCAGGACAUUUAUUCAAUAAUUAUUCAAACAAGGCUGUUGCUUCUGAAAUGUUAAAAACUCAUAUACAUACAUAUAUAUACAUAUAUAUAUAUAUAUAUAUAUACACACACACACACACACACACAUAUACACACACACACAUGUAUAUAUAUAUAUAUAUAUAUAUAUAUGUGUAUAAAUGUAUAUAUUAUAUAUAUAUUCGCAGCCGAGUGUGAAGCGACCGGAAUGAGAAUCAGCACCUCCAAGUCCGAGUCCAUGGUUCUCGCCCGGAAAAGGGUGGAAUGCCAUAUCCGGGUUGGGGAGGAGACCCUGCCCCAAGUGGAGGAGUUCAAGUACCUAGGAGUCUUGUUCACGAGUGAGGGAAGAGUGGAUCGUGAGAUCGACAGGCGGAUCGGUGCGGCGUCUUCAGUAUUGCGGACGUUAUACCGAUCCGUUGUGGUGAAGAAGGAGCUGAGCCGGAAGGCAAAGCUCUCAAUUUACCGGUCGAUCUACGUUCCCACCCUCACCUAUGGUCAUGAGCUUUGGGUCAUGACCGAAAGGAUAAGAUCACGGGUACAAGCGGCCCAAAUGAGUUUCCUCCGCCGUGUGGCGGGUCUCUCCCUUAGAGAUAGGGUGAGAAGCUCUGCCAUCCGGGAGGAACUCAAAGUAAAGCCGCUGCUCCUCCACAUGGAGAGGAGCCAGAUGAGGUGGUUCGGGCAUCUGGUCAGGAUGCCACCCGAACGCCUCCCUAGGGAGGUGUUUAGGCACGUCCAACCGGUAGGAGGCCACGGGGAAGACCCAGGAGCUCGACGAAGUGGCUGGGGAGAGGAAAGUCUGGGUUUCCCUGCUUAGGCUGUUGCCCCCGCGACCCGACCUCGGAUAAGCGGAAGAAGAUGGAUGGAUGGAUGGAUGUAUAUAUAUACAGUAUGUGUGUAUGUAUGCAUAUAUAUGUAUGUAUGUAUGCAUGCAUGUAUACAUACAUGUAUGUAUACAGUAUAUAUAUAUAUAUACACAUACAUAUAUGUAUGCAUUAUGUAUAAAUAAAUGUAUGUUUACAGUAUAUGUAUAUACAUACAUAUAUGUAUGCAUUAUGUAUAAAUAAAUGUAUGUUUACAGUAUAUGUAUAUGC